AUGUCCAACCCACCAAGCCGUCGCGCGAUCCUAAGUCUAUACCACUCCACGCUACGUACCUCUAAAUCCUUCAGCUCAUAUAAUUUCCGAAACUACUUCAUUCGCCGCACAAAGGACACUUUCCGAACUAUCCAAUCGGAAUCGGACCCUGCAAGGAUACAAAGCCAGUACUCCGAAGCCGUACGGGAACUUGCUGUCCUUCGGCGAAGCGCAAUCGUUAACCAGCUAUAUGGAGGAUGGAGAUUAGCAGUGGAAGAUCAGAAGCCUUCGAUGGCCAGAGCUGACAGUUGA